AUGAGUACGGACGCUGAGAUGGCCUGCUAUGGCAAAGCGGCCAUAUAUCUUCGCAAGACGGAGAGGGAGAGGGCUGAGGCUCAAAAUAAGCCGUUUGAUGCCAAGACUGCUUGUUUUGUGCCUGAUGAAAAGGAGCUGUAUCUAAAGGGUUCCAUCGUUAAGAAAGACGGGGGAAAGGUUACUGUGAAAAUUCUCAAUACUGAGGAGACCAGAACUGUCCCAGAGGGCGAUGUCACCAACAUGAAUCCCCCCAAGUUUGACAAGAUUGAGGACAUGGCCAUGUUGACCUACCUCAAUGAAGCUUCUAUCCUGUUUAACCUCAGAGAGCGUUUUGCAGCAUGGAUGAUCUAUACCUACUCCGGCCUGUUCUGUGUCACGGUGAACCCAUACAAGUGGCUUCCUGUGUAUGACCCGGAGGUGGUUUCAGGCUAUCGGGGGAAGAAGCGAAUGGAGGCUCCUCCCCACAUCUUCUCUGUGUCUGAUAAUGCCUAUCAGAACAUGCUGACUGAUAGGGAAAGCCAGUCUAUCCUGAUCACUGGAGAAUCUGGUGCAGGAAAAACUGUCAACACCAAGCGUGUGAUCCAGUACUUUGCAACAGUUGCAAUGUCCAGUGGAGGGGAGAAGAAGAAAGAGCCGACUCCUGGCAAAAUGCAGGGGUCUCUUGAGGAUCAGAUCAUUGCUGCUAACCCUUUGCUGGAGGCUUAUGGUAAUGCAAAGACAGUGAGAAAUGAUAACUCAUCUCGCUUUGGUAAAUUCAUUAGGAUUCACUUUGGCACAACUGGAAAGCUGGCCAAAGCUGAUAUUGAGACUUAUCUACUGGAAAAGUCCAGAGUGACUUUUCAACUUUCAGAUGAGAGAAGCUACCACAUAUUCUACCAGAUGAUGACCAACCAUAAACCUGAGCUAAUUGAAAUGGCACUCAUCACCACUAACCCUUAUGAUUUCCCGAUGAUCAGCCAGGGUCAGAUCACUGUGAAGAGUAUUGAUGACAAGGAGGAGCUGAUGGCCACCGAUUCCGCCAUUGACAUCCUGGGUUUCAGUGGAGACGAAAAAAUCAGCAUCUAUAAGCAAACUGGAGCUGUGAUCCACCACGGCAACAUGAAGUUCAAACAGAAGCAGCGUGAGGAGCAAGCUGAGCCUGAUGGCACAGACGUGGCUGACAAAGUUGCCUAUCUGCUUGGCCUGAACUCAGCUGAAAUGCUGAAGUGUCUGUGCUACCCUCGAGUGAAGGUCGGAAAUGAGUUUGUCACUAAGGGGCAGACAGUUCCCCAGGUGCUCAACUCAGUGAAUGCCCUUGCCAAGUCCACCUAUGAGAGGAUGUUCUUGUGGAUGGUUGUCCGCAUCAACGAGAUGUUAGAUACUAAGCAGCCAAGAAACUUCUUUAUUGGGGUGCUUGAUAUUGCCGGAUUUGAGAUCUUCGAUUACAACAGCAUGGAGCAACUGUGCAUCAAUUUUACAAACGAGAAGCUGCAACAGUUUUUCAACCAGCACAUGUUUGUCCUGGAGCAAGAGGAAUACAAGAAGGAGGGCAUUGUCUGGGAGUUCAUUGACUUUGGCAUGGACUUGGCUGCCUGCAUUGAACUUAUUGAAAAGCCACUAGGCAUCUUCUCUAUCCUUGAAGAGGAGUGCAUGUUUCCCAAGGCUACAGACACUACCUUCAAAAACAAGUUAUAUGACCAGCAUAUGGGCAAAAACAACUGCUUCCAGAAACCAAAGCCUGUCAAAGGCAAGGCUGAGGCCCACUUUUCUCUUGUGCAUUAUGCUGGAACUGUGGACUACACAGUCACAGGCUGGCUGGACAAGAACAAGGACCCACUAAAUGAGUCUGUGGUGGGGCUCUACCAGAAGUCUUCAAAUAAACUCAUGGCUCAUCUCUAUGCUGCAGGUGCAGCUGCUGAAGCUGCAAAGUCGGGUGGCAAGAAGGGUGGCAAGAAGAAGGGAGGCUCCAUGCAAACUGUGUCUUCUCAGUUCAGAGAGAAUCUGGGCAAGCUGAUGACCAAUCUGAGGAGUACUCACCCUCAUUUUGUGCGCUGUUUGAUCCCCAAUGAGACCAAGUCUCCAGGUGUGAUGGACAGCCACCUGGUUAUCCACCAGCUGAGGUGUAAUGGAGUGCUGGAGGGUAUCAGGAUCUGUAGAAAGGGCUUUCCCAGCAGAAUUGUUUAUGCUGACUUCAAGCAAAGAUAUAAAGUGCUUAAUGCUAGUGUCAUCCCAGAGGGCCAGUUCAUAGACAACAAGAAGGCUUCUGAGAAGCUACUUGAAUCAAUUGAUGUUGAUCAUGACCAGUACAGGUUUGGUCAUACAAAGGUGUUUUUUAAGGCUGGUCUAUUGGGUGUCCUAGAGGAGAUGAGAGAUGAGAAACUGGCCACACUGGUGUCCAUGAUCCAGGCUCUGGCUCGUGGAUUCGUCAUGAGGAGGGAGUUUGUGAAGAUGAUGGAAAGAACAGAUUCGAUCGCAACCAUCCAGUAUAACAUCCGGUCAUUUAUGAAUGUGAAACACUGGCCAUGGAUGAAGGUGUUCUACAAGAUCAAGCCUCUACUUAAGAGUGCUGAAACUGAGAAAGAGCUGUCUAACAUGAAGGAUGACUUUGAAAAAUGCAAAGCAGACUUGGUCAAGGCAGAAGCCCGUAAGAAGGAACUGGAGGAGAAGCUGGUGACAGUACUGCAGGAAAAGAAUGAACUCCAGCUCCAAAUUGCAUCUGAAUCAGAAAAUUUGAUUGAUGCUGAGGAGAGGUGUGAAGGACUGAUUAAGAGCAAAAUUCAGCUUGAGGCCAAACUCAAAGAGGUAACUGAGAGACUGGAGGAUGAGGAAGAGAUUAAUGGUGACCUGACUGCUAAGAAAAGGAAACUGGAGGAUGAAUGCUCGGAGCUGAAAAAGGACAUCGACGACUUGGAAAUUACCAUGGCUAAAGUGGAGAAGGAGAAACAUGCUACUGAAAAUAAGGUUAAAAACCUGACUGAAGAGAUGGCAUCUCAGGAGGAGAUAAUUGCUAAGGUGACAAAGGAGAAGAAAGCCCUCCAAGAGGCACAUCAGCAGACUCUUGAUGACCUGCAAUCAGAGGAGGACAAAGUCAGUUCUCUGACCAAGGCCAAGACAAAGCUGGAGCAGCAAAUAGAUGAUGUGGAAGGCUCUCUGGAACAAGAGAAGAAGGUCCGCAUGGACAUCGAGAGGGCCAAAAGAAAGCUGGAAGGUGAUCUGAAACUGGCCCAGGAGACCAUAAUGGAUCUGGAGAAUGAAAAACACCAAACUGAGGAAAAGCUUAAAAAGUCAGAGGUUGAGGUCAGCCAACUGAGCAGCAAGAUCGAGGAUGAGCAGUCCAUCGGAGUUCAGCUGCAAAAAAGGAUCAAGGAGCUCCAGGCCCGCAUUGAAGAGCUGGAGGAAGAGGGUGAGGCUGAACGAGCCAAUCGUGCCAAAACUGAGAAGCAGAGAGCUGAUCUGUCCAGGGAACUUGAAGAGAUCAGCGAGAGGCUAGAGGAAGCGGGUGGAGCAACGGCUGCUCAGAUUGAGAUGAACAAGAAACGUGAGGCUGAGUUCCAGAAAGUGCGUCGUGAUCUGGAGGAAUCAACUCUGAGGCAUGAAGCUAUGGCCGCAGCCAUGAGAAAGAAGCAUUCUGACAGUGUGGCUGAACUUAGUGAGCAGAUUGACAACCUCCAGCGGAUCAAACAAAAACUUGAGAAGGAGAAGAACGAGUACAAGAUGGAGAUUGAUGACCUUGCAAGCAAUAUGGAGAGCGUGGCCAAGGCCAAGGUCAAUCUCGAGAAAAUAGCUCGCUCUUUAGAGGACCAGAUUAAUGAGGUGAAGACUAAGAAUGAUGAGAACCUUCGCCAGAUCACUGACAUGACUGCUCAAAGAGCCAAGCUCAUGACUGAGAAUGGUGAAUAUAGCCGUCAGCUUGAAGAAAAGGACACCUUUGUGUCUCAGCUGACCAGAGGCAAGCAGGUCUUCAUGCAGCAAAUUGAUGAAAUGAAAAGGCAGAUUGAAGAGGAGAUCAAGGCAAAGAAUGCUCUGGCCCAUAGUGUCCAGUCUGCCCGCCACGACUGUGACCUACUGAGGGAGCAGCUAGAAGAGGAGCAGGAAGCCAAAGCUGAGCUGCAGCGGGGGAUGUCCAAGGCCAACAGUGAGGUCGCCCAGUGGAGGACCAAAUAUGAGACUGAUGCUAUCCAGCGCACUGAAGAACUUGAAGAAGCCAAGAAGAAACUGACCCAGCGCCUACAGGAGGCUGAGGAACAAAUUGAGGCAGUGAACGCGAGGUGUGCAUCUCUGGAGAAGACAAAGCAGAAACUGCAUGGAGAGGUGGAGGACCUAAUGGUUGAUUUUGACAGAGCUAAUGCCAUUACUGCCAGCCUGGAUAAGAAGCAAAGGAACUUUGAUAAAGUCCUGUCUGAGUGGAAGCAGAAGUAUGAGGAGAGUCAGGCUGAGCUGGAAGGAGCUCAGAAGGAAAAUCGCUCUCUUAUUACUGAACUCUUCAAAAUGAAGAACGCUUAUGAAGAUACCCUGGAUCAGCUGGAGACCAUGAAGAGAGAGAACAAGAACCUGCAACAGGAGAUUGCUGAUCUAACUGACCAACUUGGACAGAGUGGCAAGAACAUCCAUGAGCUGGAGAAAGCGAGGAAAUCUGUAGAGUCACAAAAAGAUGAAAUCCAGGCUGCUCUUGAGGAGGCUGAGGGUACACUGGAACAUGAAGAAUCCAAGAUUCUGCGAGUCCAGUUGGAGCUGAGUGCUGUUAAAAAUGAGCUGGACAGGAAGCUGGCAGAGAAGGAUGAAGAGAUGGAGCAGAUAAAGAGGAACGGUCAGCGAAUCAUUGAGUCCAUGCAGAUGACUCUGGAUAACGAAGUCAGGAGCAGAAAUGAUGCCCUGAGAGUCAAGAAGAAGAUGGAGUCAGACCUGAAUGAGCUAGAGAUUCAGCUCAGCCAUGCUAAUCGGCAAGCCGCUGAGGCCCAGAAGCACCUGAGGAAUGUCCAAGGCCAGGUCAAGGAUUCCCAGUUGCAAUUUGACGAUGCUUCCCGUGAAUUAGAGGGCAUGAAGGAGCAGGUGGCCAUGGCAGAGCGCAGGAACGCUCUGAUGGUGUCUGAGAUUGAAGAACUGAGGGCUGCACUGGAGCAGACCGAGAAGGGCUGCAAAUCAGCUGAGCAAGAACUACUGGAUGCAAAUGAGAGAGUGGGACUACUUCAUUCCCAGAAUACAAGCCUUCUGAAUAUGAAGAAAAAGAUGGAAUCUGACAUUGUGACAGUACAAACCGAACUGGAUGACAUCACUCAGGAAGCCAAAGAUGCACAGGAGAAGGCCAAGAAAGCCAUCACUGAUGCUGCCAUGAUGGCUGAGGAGCUAAAAAAGGAACAGGACACAAAUUCUCAUCUGGAGAGGGUGAAGAAAAACCUGGAGGUCACAGUUAAGGACCUGCAGCACCGUUUGGAUGAAGCAGAGAGCCUGGUCUUCAAGGGUGGCAAGAAACAGCUUCAGAAACUGGAAGCUAGGGUGCGCCAGCUGGAAGGUGAGGUGGAGUCAGAGCAGAAGAAAGGGGCAGAUGCAGUCAAAGGGGUCCGCAAGUAUGAACGCAGAAUUAAAGAGCUCACCUACCAGAAUGAGGAAGAUAAAAAGAACAUGGCUCGACUUCAAGAUCUUGUAGACAAGCUGCAGCUAAAGGUGAAGGCUUACAAGAGGCAGGCUGAGGAAACGGAAGAACAACUCAAUGUCAACUUGACUAAGUUGAGGAAGGCUCAGCAUGAACUGGAACAUGCUGAGGAGCGGGCUGACAUGGCUGAAUCCCAAGUGAAUAAAAUGAGAGUGAAGACCCGUGACUCUGGAAAGGUAUGGGCUGUUGACAGGCAGACCCAAGAGGUCGAGUGA